AUGACCCGGAGGGCGCUGCUGCCGCUGCUGCUGAUGGGAGCUCUGUGGGCGCCACUCCCUCCGGACGCCCAUGGCUCAGAGGCGGAGGGUCGGCUCCGCAACAAACUGUUCUCGGGCUAUGACAGUUCCGUGCGUCCGGCACGGACGCUGGGAGACCGCGUCCGGGUCAGCAUUGGUCUCACCCUGGCGCAACUCAUCAGUCUGAACGAGAAGGAUGAAGAGAUGAGCACAAAGGUGUACCUAGACCUGGAGUGGACGGACUACAGGCUGAGCUGGAACCCCGAGGAUUACGAGAGCAUUGACUCUCUGCGCAUCACCGCGCAAGCCGUGUGGUUGCCCGAUGUGGUGCUCCUGAACAACAACGACGGAAAUUUUGACGUCGCUCUGGAUGUAAACGUGGUGGUGUCCUCCGACGGCUCUGUGCGCUGGCAGCCGCCGGGCCUGUAUCGGAGCAGUUGCAGCAUCCAGGUCACUUACUUCCCCUUUGACUGGCAGAACUGCACCAUGGUGUUCCGUUCCUACAGCUAUGACAGCUCAGAGGUCAGCCUGUGGACAGGCUUGGGUCCUGAUGGACAAGAGCGGCAGGAAAUUCACAUUCACGAAGGUACCUUCACUGAGAAUGGCCAAUGGGAGAUCAUUCAUAAACCCUCGAGGCUCAUCCAGCCUGUAGGGGACCCUAGGGAAGGAGGUGAAGGACAGCAUCAGGAGAUAGCCUUCUAUCUCAUCAUUCGCCGGAAGCCUCUCUUCUACCUGGUCAACGUCAUCGCCCCAUGCAUCCUCAUCACUCUCCUGGCCAUCUUUGUCUUCUAUCUGCCUCCGGAUGCAGGGGAGAAGAUGGGGCUCUCCAUCUUUGCCCUGCUGACCCUCACUGUGUUCCUGCUGCUGCUGGCAGACAAAGUGCCUGAGACCUCCCUAGCAGUCCCCAUCAUUAUCAAGUACCUCAUGUUCACCAUGGUCCUCGUCACCUUCUCAGUCAUCCUUAGUGUGGUGGUUCUCAACCUGCACCACCGCUCACCCCACACUCAUCAAAUGCCCCUCUGGGUUCGACAGAUAUUCAUCCACAAGCUACCGCGGUACCUGGGCCUGAGAAGGCCCAAAACUGAGAGAGAUCAGAUGCUGGAGCCUCCUCCUCUACCCCUCAGAGAGUCCCCAGGGAGUGGCUGGGGUAGGGGAAUAGAUGAAUAUUUCAUCCGGAAGCCUCCAAGUGAUUUUCUCUUCCCCAAACUCCACAGGUUCCAGCCUGAACUGUCCACCUCCGACCUGCGGCGAUGUAUCGAUGGCCCAAGCCGGACUGGGGGCCUGCCUCCCGAGCUCCGGGAAGCCGUUUCUUCCAUUAGCUACAUCGCCCGGCAGUUGCAGGAGCAGGAGGACCACGAUGCGCUGAAGGAGGACUGGCAGUUCGUGGCCAUGGUAGUGGACCGCCUCUUUUUAUGGACCUUCAUCAUCGUCACGAGCGUCGGGACCCUGGUCAUCUUUUUGGAUGCCUCAUACCAUGUGCCUCCUCCAGACCCCUUUCCUUGAGGACAGAAGGGCCGAGCCCCAAGACCACAGCCAACUGAACGCAAGAGUUUUGCAGUAGUCUCUGGCCCUAUCCCGUCUUUGCCUCUUAGCACCUUCACUAGGAACCUAGCUCUCUAUUUCCCUCCCUGGGAAUGAAGUGGAAGUGGGACUGAGACAGGUGGGAGCGUUGGGCUUACCUGAGUCCUUGAAGAAGCUUCUUUGGCUCCCCAUGAAAUGGAUCAAAGAACAAGUGGAUUGUGCCUUCUUUACCGUCAUAUCCCCAGCGCCAGGCACAAGCCCUCAUCUACCGUAGGUGCUUCGCAUUUGUUGCUUGCACUGGAAAUUGUUUUUCCCGAAGGAGCAAUACCAGUUUAGUAGUGUGUAUCUCUUUGCAUGUUGGGACUAGUGGCCUUUUUUUCUUUUCUGUAAUUUAUUCUUUGGUGAUGAGUAUUACCCUCAGUAUAAAUAUACAUAUUAAA